AUGAACAGCAACUCCGGCAACUCUUCUGACAACACCAACAACAUGUCUCUCAUUGGACACAACGGCGGCCUCUCCAUUGGCAAGGCUGAGCGUCCCGGACCUUCUCUGGGCAAGAAAGCCGAAAAACCCACUUCUUCCUCUUCAUCAUCUACUCCCUCGGGCUCUCGCUCUCAAAGCCUUGAGCGUCGCGGCCUCGGCCAGAUGCUCAACGGCAUUCUCCACGGACACCGCCGGGAUGAGGCGCAUCUUCGAGCAGACGACAGCAGCGAAACCGCUUCGCUGUCUUCUGUCGCUACUGAGAAGAGAGGUCUACUAGGAGGAAAGGGCAAGGCUUCAUCGCCAUCAAAAAGCUCUUCCUCAGCCCGCAGAGAACCAAGAAUGCCCAAUAUCAACGAGAGCGUGGUGCCUCGCGGUGGACUCCGAUGA